AUGUUAUACUUUCAGACACUUGUGAUGAUUUACUCAAAGGUGAGGACAAAAACAGAAACUUUACCGGUUGUUGGUCCAGAUGGUCCUCUUGUUGUUGAAGUUGGUGAAGAUCUGAUUCUGCCCUGUUCUCUCAAAUCCAACAUCAGUGCUGUGGACAUGAGGGUGGAGUGGUUUAGAUUGUGUAUGUCAAAUUCACUGGUGCAUUUAUACAAAGAUGGUGUUGACAGGAAUGAAAAUCAAAUUCAGUCUUACAGAGGGAGGACAUCACUGUUUAAAGAUGAACUGCAGAAAGGCAACGCUUCAUUAAAACUCUCCAGAGUGCAAAUCUCUGAUGAGGGAAAAUAUAAAUGUCUAAUCCAGUCCGGAAACUGGUAUGAUGACAUGACUGCUGAAAUUACAGUUCAAGUAGUGGGAACACACCCAGUGAUCUCUAUGGAGGGCUACAGUAUUAAUGGGGGACUCAGUCUACUGUGUGAAACUAAAGGCUGGAGGCCUGAACCUGAAGUUGUGUGGUUGGACAGUGAGGGAACCAGACUACCAGCUGAAGAUACAGAGACACUCAGAGACACAGAAAGUUUCUCUGUUAGACAUCGUAUCACAGUACAAGACAGUAACACCUACUACUGCAGAGUCAUACUGGGCAACCAUAUGAAGGAGAUAGAGAUUGCCAUCUCAAGUAGUAUUUUCCAGUUCUGGAGGACUCGUAGCAUUGGGAUUGCUGUUUUAGGUUCUGUUCUUGGCAUUGGAUUAAUUGCAAUGAUCUGCUAUAUUCUUUGGAAGAAAAAUCCAUACCUCUUUCUAGAGUUUGAGAAGACAAGGAGAAAAUUCAAAGUUGAUGUGAUUUUGGAUCCUGAGACGGCUCAUCCUGAACUCAUCCUGUCUGCUGAUGGGAAACAAGUGAAACAUGGAGACACACGACAGGAUCUCCCUGACAACCCAGAGAGGUUUAAAAUCCUGUUCAGUGUCCUGGCAAAGAAGGGGUUCUCGUCAGGGAGAUUUUACUUUGAGGUGCAGUCUUUCACUGAAAAACUCUAUCCAUACUUCAGUCCCUAUUUUAGUCACAGAGAUCAGUUUCAGGUUGUUGGUCCAGAUGGUCCUCUUGUCGUUGAAGCUGGUGAAGAUCUGAUUCUACCCUGUUCUCUCAAACCCAACAUCAGUGCUGUGGACAUGACAGUGGAGUGGUUUAGACUCCAUACAUCAGACUCACUGGUGCAUUUGUACAAAGAUGGUGUUGACAGGAAUGAAGAUCAGAUACAGUCUUACAGAGGGAGGACAUCACUGUUUAAAGAGGAACUGCAGAAAGGCAACACUUCAUUAAAACUCUCCAGAGUGAAAGUUUCUGAUGAAGGAAAAUACAAAUGUUUUAUUCAGUCAGAAAGCUGGCUAGAUGAUAUUACAGUUCAAGUCAUUGUCAAAACCUUGGGAACACACCCAGUGAUCUCUGUGGAGGGCUACAGUAAAGGUGGGGGACUCAGUCUACUGUGUGUAACUAAAGGCUGGAGGCCUGAACCUGAAGUUGUGUGGCUGGACAGUGAGGGAACCAGACUACCUGCUGAAGAUACAGAGACACUCAGAGACACAGAAAGUUUCUCUGUUAGACAUCGUAUCACAGUACAAGACAGUGACACCUACUACUGCAGAGUCAUACUGGGAGACCAUAUGAAGGAGACAGAGAUUGUCAUCUUAAGGAGAUUUUACUAUGAGGUGGAAGUCACUGGGAAGACAGACUGGACGUUAGGAGUUGUCAGAGAGUCCAUUAAGAGGAAGAGGGAAAACGUACAGAAUCCUAAACAUGGAAUGUGGACUAUGUGGCUGAGGAAUGGGAAUGAGUAUAAAGCUCUUGAUGAUUCCCCUGUCCCCCUCUCUCUGAAACAGAAACCCCACAAGGUGGGGGUAUUUGUGGAUUAUGAGGAGGGCUGGAACCCUGAACCUGAAGUUGUGUGGCUGGACAGGGAUGGAAAUCCUCUCCCUGCUGAAGAUAAACAAUCAUUCAGAGACACAGAGAAAUUCCACAUUAAAAAACGUGUCACUGUACAGGAAAGUGACAUCAACAGGUUCUACUGCAGAAUAACACUGAGAGACCAUAUGAAGGAGACAGAGAUUGUUAUAUCAGCUCAUCCCAGACUCAUGGUGUCUACAGAUGGGAAAAGAGUGAUGUAUCAGCCCACGCAGCAGGAUCUCCCCAAUAACCCAAAGAGGUUUGAUCAUCAUCUUGGUGUUCUGGGAAAGGAGGGAUUCUCCUCAAGGAGAUUUUAUUAUGAGGUGGAUCUCAGUAGGAACGAGGUCUGGGAAUUAGGAGUCACCAGGGAAUCGGUUAACAGAAAGGGGAAGGUUAUACUUAAUCCUGAGAAUGGAUACUGGACUCUGAGACAUAUCUGGAGAUGUUUAGGCUGUAAAUAUACAGCUCUGGACUCAACCAAAGUCCAGUUCUCCCUAAAGGAAAGCCCUAACAAGGUGGGGGUGUUUGUGGAUUAUGAAGAUGGCCAGGUGACUUUUUAUGAAGUUGGGACCAAAUAUCUGAUCUACUCUUUCACUUGUCAGACUUUCCUUGAGAAACUCUAUCCAUACUUCAGAAUCUAUAUGCCUGUGUGGUGUAAGAAUGAAAGAGUGAAGAGAGAAGAAGAAGUGCAAGACAAACAGAAAAGCAGACAGGUAUCCAAUAAGUGA